AUCGAAACGCCUUAUUUCAAGUGACCAAUCACAGCGCUCGUUAUUAGCAGGCCAAAAGAAACAGCCGCUGUAAAGGUGACAUUUCUCCGUCUGGUCACCGUAGUCAAUACCAUCCAGACUCGUUGUAAAAAGCACAGAUAUAAGCAUGUCUUCUCUCAGGAGGACGGCGGGUGUCCUCCGAACCGGCCUGCAGCUCUUCAAACGCGGACCUCAGAAGAUGACCGUCAGAAAGGCAGGAGGCGGCCCUCAUAUUGAAGCCCAGUACAGACAGCCUCCUCAGAUCACCAAAAACCAGAAGUUUCAGGCGGAGCUGCUCAGCGGUGCCAUGUGGUUCUGGAUCCUGUGGCACACCUGGCACGACUCGGACGCCAUCCUGGGUCAUUUCCCAUGGCCGGACACUUCAGCAUGGACCGACGAGGAGCUGGGAAUCCCACCUGAUGAUGAAGAGUAGACUCGCCCUCAACACCCCAAUAUGUGAUCGAAACCCGCACAUUUUCUGCAGAGGAAACUGAAAGUUCCUGUUAUGCUGUAUGGACUUAUUAUCAAGUCUAAUUAUAAAAGUUGCAUUAUAAAAUAAAUAAAAGCAAUCGACUCUUGAA